AUGCCUCGUACUCGAAAUCCUAAUUCUGCUCAGGAUAUUUGCGACGCGUAUAAAGAAAACUUUGAUACGUGUCUUUCUGAAGUAAAUCCCAAACCGUUACCAGGAAAAGUGCUCUUGGAUCCCGUGACUAUUCUUUCAAAAAAACCCGCGUCACAAUGGGAAGAUGGUGACGUUCUACCCCUAGCUGAAAUUCUCGCAGGGAGGAUAGCGAUUGACGGUACCGGAGAAAACCGUCAAGGAGCAACCGCACUUGGGAAAAUCGGCGCAGAUUUAACGAAUUAUAUUUUUACCCACCCCAAAAUCCGGUCCAUUAUCGAUCCCGUUUAUGUCGUGGUUGAUCUCACUACCAACGGAAAAGUUCCUCCGACUAAUAUGAAUGCGUAUCCUCCAUCUGGCUCUCCACAUGCUGCCGUAAUAUCUUACCCAGGAUCCAAUCAUGUUUUCACAUUCAACGGUCCCGGAGCGACAGAAGAUGCACAACAUUUGAUCGGUUGGCUUCAAGGCACCAAUCCCGGACUUAGAGCAUUUGUGUUCCAUACUGGAUUCCCAACAGUAUUAUACUGA